UUGACAUGUAGGUUAGCUUUUACAACGAAAACAUUCUUACGAAUAUUUAGGAAACAUGGAUAUGGAAAAAAUUGCUGUAUUUGCUAGCGUAGGAUUCGCAAUAGCUGUUGCAGCAUUUGUUAUAUGGGGACCUUCCCCCAAACCUAGAAAAAAAGGAAAAAUUAUUGGAAUCAACAAUUUGGGAUAUACAUGCUUUUUAAACUCUCUCUUACAAGCUUUAGCUGCAUGUCCGAUUUUUAUUGGAUGGCUAAAAAAACAGUGCGAGAAAAAUGGCAAAGUUAAUUUUAUUUCAACUUUACUUUCCGUCUUUAAAAAAAUCAAUGGAUAUGCAGAAGACCUGUACGGAGAUGUAACACCAAUAGAAAUAAUUUCAUCCCUUGGUAAUCUAUGGAGUUUUGCACCAGGGUAUCAAGAUGCACAUGAAUUAUUUCAUGUUGUACUUAAUGCAUUACAAGCAGAGAUUCAACCUGUAAACAGGAAAGGUUGCUUAUCUGAUGUUUUACUACAAAGUCCAACAAUAGUAACGGAUAUAAAAAAAUUAGGAGAUUCCUUGACCUUGAGAAGUGUAUCUUGUAAUGAUAUUGUAUCAGCUAAUAAAAGUUCAAAUGUGCCAAAUGGAUUUGAUAAAAAUUGUAACAGUCAUGCCAUGUCCACAACACCAUCAAUAUCAAAUAUAUCAAUGGCAUAUAAUAAGCCUGGCAUGAUUCUUGCUAGGUCUUCAGAACUACUUUCAAAAAAUGUCGGAGACGUAGGAAAUAAAGAAUCAUUUAGAUCAUGGAGCUCUUUAUGUGCAAUGCCUGUUCCUAAUAUACCAACAAUGUCCAUUGAGGCACAUCCAUUUUCAGGGUUAUUAACUAGUCAAUUACAAUGUAGUAACUGCAAAUGGAAGUCACCUGUUCGUUAUGAUAAACUUGAAACAGUUUCCUUACCUUUGCCUCCUAUGGGCCCACAUACUAGGACACAUCAUACAUUGGAAGAAUUACUAACGCGUUUUGUAACUAGUGAAGUUAUUCAAGAUGUAUUAUGUGAUGGAUGUGGAAUGCGUUGUUUCGCUACGAAAACUUUAACUCUUGGAAAACUUUCCAAAUGUUUGUGUUUACAUAUUUCAAGAACUACAUGGAGUCCUUCAGGAACACCGAUUAAAAGGGAUGAUCUAGUAAAGUUUCCUCAAAUACUGAUAUUGGAUCCUUACACUUUUACAGAAACGACAAAACGAAAUGCACAGGGCGAUCCUGAAGCAACAAUGUUGCUUGCUGCUCGAACAACACUGUUGAAUAAAUACAAGUAUCAGCUACGCGCAGUUGUGGAACAUCGUGGAUCUGUCGAUUCAGGGCAUUUUGUUUGCUACAGACGAGGGAAUAAGCCGAAUCACUGGCUAUAUACCUCCGAUAACGUGGUUGAAAGCAUAUCUCUAAUUGAGGUUUUAUGUGCCACACCAUACCUCCUGUUUUACGAACGCAUUCAUAGCACAUAAGUGUAUCUAGUAACUACGAAUUCUAGUACUUUGAAGGAAAAAAUUUAUUUGUUUUAUAUAAAAAGUUAUUCAGACACCAAAGUAUGCAUGCAUCAUCGAAGAAUGGUACUAAUUUAAAACAACAGAUAAUGGAAAAAGUGGAAGCAAAGAGAUUGUUGUGCAAAAUCUAAACAUUAUAGUUUUGAACAG